CUGCUUUAAGGUGAAGACAUCAUGGAUAAAUAUGAAAUCAUUAAAAAAAUUGGAGAAGGAUCUUUUGGCAAAAUAUUCUUGGCUAAAGUAAAAGUGGAUAAUGAGCAGUGUGUUAUCAAAGAGAUUGAUUUAACUAAGAUGCCUGUGAAAGAAAAAGAAGCCUCUCAGAAAGAAGUCAUUCUUCUGGCCAAGAUGAAGCAUGCAAAUAUUGUAACCUUCUAUGCAUCUUUGCAAGAAAAGAGCAAGCUAUAUAUUGUGAUGGAAUACUGUGAUGGUGGAGACUUAAUGACGCGGAUAAAUAUGCAGCAUGGAGUGCUGUUUGAAGAGGACCAGAUUCUGAGUUGGUUUGUGCAGAUCUCCUUGGGCUUGAAGCAUAUACACGACAAGAAAAUUUUACACAGAGAUAUAAAAGCACAGAAUGUUUUUCUUAGCAAUAAUGGAAAGGUAGCAAAGCUCGGGGACUUUGGCAUAGCAAGACAGUUGAACAGCACUACGGAGUUUGCUCAUACCUGUGUAGGGACCCCCUAUUAUCUGUCACCUGAGAUCUGUGAAAAUCAACCAUACAACAAUAAAACAGAUAUUUGGUCUCUUGGCUGUGUGCUUUAUGAGCUAUGUGCGCUAAAGCAUCCUUUUGAAGGUAAGAGUUUGCACCAGUUGGUGCUGAAGAUUUGCAGAGGCUGUUUUCACCCAGUGUCUCCAAACUACUCUUAUGAUCUGAGGAUAUUAAUUUCCCAGUUAUUUAAAGUAUCUCCAAGAGAUCGACCAUCUAUUAAUUCUAUUCUAAGGAAGCCCUUCUUGCAGAAGCUCAUUCUCAGGUAUUUGCCCCCUGAGGAAGAACUCAGUCACACUGUGAUACAUAGAAAAUGGCCUUCAGCAUCACAGUCUGGAGUCAAGCUGAUACAAGAUAAACUUCAAAAAAGGAGGGCCCAGGACCAAGUUUCUCCAGAAUCUGGAAUGGUGGUGCUUGUUAACAAACAGGAAUUAUUUCAGAGAAAUGAACUGAAACCUCCUUCAAGAGGGCAACAGCCUAUUUUUCAGAUCCCCAGAUUUAAGAUGGCAGAGGAGCCAGAAAGUACUAGAGCCCAUGGCCGUUAUGGUCAUUACUAUUACAAGCUUGACAACUUGCAGAGGAAAGCUAAUGCACCUUAUAAGCUUUCUCAUAUCAGCCAAAGAGUUGAGGAAUAUUACAAACUAAAAGGACAAGUUGCACCUCCACCACCACCACUUGAUUGGCCUGCAGAAUAUCUUCAAAGGCGUUUUGAAGCUCAACAGUACAAGAUUAAAGUGGAAAAACAGCUGGGACUGCGACCAUCCUCUGCUGACCUGUGUCAUGACCAAAUAGAGCAGCAGAAAGUAGAGAAAGAACAUCUCAAAAACCAUCAGCAGGACAUAUCUAGAAAGAAAAAAAAGAAAGAACAGGAGUACCUUAAACAAUUGCAGAGAAUUCGAGAAGAAUACCACCGCAAUAUAAAAGAUUUCAGAGUUAGAGCAGGAGUGCUCCAGGAGUAUCGAAAAAUACAAGAUAAAACCUAUCUUGUGAGGCAAGGGAAAGCUGAGGACCAGUCAGAAACUGAGGAUACAGCUGGAACAGGAAAAGAAUCACUUCAGGACAUGGAAAAAAACUUUAAACAAGUCAGACUCCAGGACAGGCAAGACCAAAAAAUCUUAGAAAAGAAACACAACACAAAGGGAGGAGUAAAGUUUGAAAUUAAUUUAGAUGUAUGUGUUCCUGAGGACAACAGCGUUCACGAAGCAGAGGUACCAGAUAAACUCAGUGAGACUUUAACUUUUGUGGAUGGUGAGAACCUUAAGGAGAACUUGGUGGAAGUUUAUGAGGAUCAUGUGGAAAGAGCUUUAGAAGAACUCUCUGCAUACCAAACAGAGUACAAUUACAUAGAUGAUAGGAAAGAAAACAGAAAACAUUGGCAAGCUGGAGCCCCUCAGACACCACUGAAUUUUUUAGCUGAUGCUGAUGUCACAUCUGUAUUACCUGCUAUGGCUGAAAAUGAACUUGCUGACCAUGCUGUUCUGCCAGAAGACAUUCCACGAAACAGGAAGCAAUGGAAACGAACACCACAGGGGACACUCUUGAACAUCUUAGUCAAAGCAGAGCUAUCUAAUGAUUCCUUCAUGCACGUUGGAGAAGAAACAGAAGGGAGGUUAACUAUGUUGUCUCUGAAAGAAAACAAGGAAGAUGAUUCAGAACCAUACUCUGCUGUUACUAUUGAUGAAGGCCGACUUGAGCCAAGAUCAGAUGAUGAAGACACAAAUUUUGAAGAUUCUGAAGAUGAACUCAGACAUGAGCUGCAGGAAUCUCUGGAAAAAGUGGCAACUUCUCCAGCAGAGAGAACCAUGGAAUCUUCCAUUCUUUCAGUAAAUAAAGGUCAAACAGAUGAAGAAAAGAUGAGUUUACCUCACAAACUACUUGGAGGAUCUUAUGAUGAUGAUUUAGAAAAUAACCCUGGGUCACUUAGCAUUGACACACAUAAUGAAAAAGGCAAGCAGGAAGACAUUGGCACUGUUACUGUUUCAAAACUUGCUUGAAAUUUUAGACACAUCAGCGACAAAACUUAAGGGUAACAGAUACUAAAUGCCAAGUAAAUCAGCUGCUUUUCUACAGUGCUA